ACUUACCAGGUGCUAGAGAACCUUCAACAUUAAUGUUUCUCUCAGGAUUUCAGACAUGGAUCACAACUUUUCCUCAAAUAUCAUCUGGUUAUGGAUCCUCCUCAUUUGCUUUUCUGGAGCUCUCUGUAAUCUGGAAGGAUCUCUGCACAGAGAUCUAAUGGUGGGAUACAACAAAAACAUACGGCCUAUGGAGAACCAUGGAGACAUCAUUGAUGUUAAGAUCAAGAUGACCCUCACCAACCUCAUUUCUCUGAAUGAGAAAGAGGAGACACUCACCACUUGUGUUUGGAUUGAAAUGCAAUGGCGGGAUUAUCGACUGCGCUGGGCUAACAGGACGGGUUUUGAGGUCUAUGAGAACAUCACCCGCAUGCGUCUUCCGUCCAAAACCAUCUGGCUGCCUGAUAUUGGCCUGGAGAACAAUGUGGACGGACGUUUUGAAGUGGCGCUCUAUGCUAACACUUUGAUAAAUCCUGAUGGUGGUGUGUACUGGUUGCCUCCUGCCAUCUACCGAAGCUCCUGUGCCAUCAAAGUUAACUAUUUCCCCUUUGACUGGCAGAACUGCAGCAUGGUGUUCAGGUCUCAGACAUACAAUUCCAAUGAAAUUACCCUGAUGCUGUCGGACGAGAACAACGUCACUAUGGAAUGGAUUGAGAUCGACCCAGAGGCUUUUACUGAGAAUGGAGAAUGGAUGAUUAAGCACCGCCCUGCAAAGAAGGUCAUUAACAAGCGAUACAGACCGGAUGAGCUGGAGCACCAGGAGAUCAUCUUCUUCCUCAUCAUCCAGAGAAAACCGCUCUUCUACGUCAUCAACAUUAUCGUGCCCUGUGUGCUCUUUUCAUCCCUCGGGCUGCUCGUCUACUUUCUGCCGGCCAAAGCUGGAGGACAGAAAUGUACUAUGACCAUCUGUAUCCUGCUCGGCCAGACUGUCUUCCUGUUCCUUAUUGCUAAGAAAGUGCCAGAAACAUCACAAGCAGUUCCUCUCAUUGGGAAGUAUCUGAUGUUUGUGAUGUCGGUGACCACAAUAACUGUGAUGAACUGUGUGGUGGUGUUAAACGUCUCUCUGCGAACUCCAAACACUCACCCCAUGAGCAACACCAUCAGAAAGGUGUUGUUGAACAUUCUUCCUCGAGUGCUGAGAAUGACAAUGCAGCGCUGGACACCUGAGCAGGAGGAAAGUGAUUUUAAGAUGUUCGCUCUGGGCAACGGGACACCACUCCGCCGCAGGAGACGCAGCUCUUUAGGGUUAAUAGCGAAAGCGGAUGAAUACAUGUUCAGAACGGCACGAUCAGAGCUCAUGUUCAGCCGACUGAAGGAGAGGAAGGGGCUGCUGAAGAACACUCUGGAGAAAAUACAGAAUGGUCUGGGGGGAAACACGGCACAGGAUCUGGAGUGCAGUUUAGCAGCGGCUUCCCCUGAAGUGCAGCAGUGCGUGUCCUCCUGCAAACACAUUGCAGAAAGCACCAAGCAUCAAAAUGACUUUCAAAGUAAAAAUGAAGAAUGGUUUCUGGUCGCCCGGGUGAUUGACAGGAUGUGCUUCUUUGUCAUGGCGCUGCUGUUUAUCCUGGGUACCAUCGGAAUUUUCCUGACAGGACAUUUCAACCAGGCGCCGUCUCAACCUUUCCCUGGAGAUCCCAAAAAAUAUCUACCUGAAAUCUUAGCUGGAGACAUCCCUGGCUGAACACGGGUGUAAAACAACAUGUCGGACGCAGAGAAACUCCAGCAGAAGACUGGAGCACUUGCUUGAAGAAACUCUGGAGAUAAAAAUAUAGUGUUUUGCUGCUAUUUAACUCUCAGCAUUGCAAUGUGGCUGCAAUGCACCACUAAUGAAUGUGAUCUUCAGAGAAAAACGUUGGUUGAAUAUGAAGCCAUCCGAGACCUGGAAAGGCUUUGUUGAGUGGUUUGUAAUAAGGAAGUCAUGCUAUUUGCUUGUCCAUUUCUUUAUCAACCCUACUGUUUGAUAUUGCUUCAACAUUUCAUUAUUUUCCUGAGAUAAAUAUGUAACAUUUAAAGGUAUGAUCUGCUAUAUUUCUAGCCUUAAGCCACUAUUGCUCAGUCUGUUAUUAUAGAUCGUUUGAUAUGUACUCCUAAAUCACACCAGUGUUGGGCAAGUUACUUCAGUAUUUAAUCACUAAAUACAUGAUAACAGUUGUAUUUAAACAACCUUUCUAAUUCAUUUGAGAAAUUCAUCUUGAUUACUCAAUAAAUACUUAAAUUACUUGACUAAAUAUAAUUGAUAA